GGUUCAUCCGGGUGCACACUCAAACAUGGCGGCCAACUUGGAGCAAAUUUUUCAGGAUUUUAUUUUGAAAAAGAUCCGAGAAAUCGAACAUCAAAAGGAUGAAAAUCCCUGUGCAGGUCCAGAUGUGAAGCCGGAACCGGAUCAGACAGGUCCAAAUGAAGACAGGCAGGACAGCCGGGGGGACCACCUGAGGGACCACCUGGGGGACCACCUGGAGGACCACCUGGGGGACCACCUGGAGGACCACCUGGGGGACAGCAGCUCCCAGAGGAGGCAGAGGAAACAGAAGAAGAAGAGGAAGAAGAAGAACCGGGACAAGGACAGCAGUUCUGGUUCUGGGUCGGAUCUGGAGGCCGAGCUCGGAGCCCAGCAGAGAAGAAGAACGUCGUCACCAGAGAAGAAGGAGCUGAGUGAGGAUCAUGACAGUAAGUCCAGGAGCCACAAGGAGAAAAAGAAGAAGAAAAAGAAGAAGAAGAAGAAACGUAAAAGUAGAGACAACUCGUCGGACUCGGACUCUCAGAGGGAYGAUGGACCUGGUCCGUCUCAGAGACAGAGACAGGAGCUGCCUGACAUCAUCCCUAAACAGGACCUGUGUGUUUGUGUCCAACAGGACAGCUCCAAUCAGGACAAAGUCAGUCAGAAGACGAUGAGUCCCUGUUCUUCAUCACAUUUCUGCUCCAAACAGAGGAACUCUCCCUCUACAUCCAGACCCUUCCACAGCAGGUCCAGGACUCGGUCCCCGUCCAGUCCACAGUACCACAGAACCAACGCCAGGAGCGGGUCCAGAACCACGGAGCCGAGCGGGUCCAGAACCACGGAGCCGAGCGGGUCCAGAACCACGGAGCCGAGCAGGUCCAGAACCACAGAGCAGCAGGAACCGGUGUCAGCAGGGAUGAAAGCGGGCCCGGUCCAGGGCCCAGCAGAACCCCAGGGUCCUGGUCCAUCUGUGACCCAGCCCAGAUCUACAAGACUUGAACCCACCUCAGAACCUAAAGUGUCAGACAGAACCAGGUCCAGAGAGAACUCCUCCCCCAGGAGGAGGAGGAGACCAUCCAGGUCCCCCCGGAGGAGCAAAGAAGCCAAGAGCUCAAAGAAACAGAGAAGAUCCAGGUCCCCUCACAAGACCUACAGGAGGAGGUCCAGGUCCAGGUCCAGGUCCAGGUCCAGGUCCAGGAGUCGCUCAGUCAGGAAGAGGUCUCGGUCCAGGUCCUGGACCAGGCGGUCUCGGAGGUCCCGUUCACGGUCUGGGUCCCGCAGCCGCAGGAGGCCCGCCUACAGCCAGAGGGACCGCUGGAAACGAGAACCGAGCCACUCCCCCGUCCUCAUCCUCCGCAAGAAGAGGUCCCCGACCCGCAAGAACCGCAGCCGGAGCAGCAGCCCCCACCGGAUCAGUGACCUGGACAAGGACCAGCUCCUGAGGAUAGCCAAGGCUAACGCUGCAGCCAUGUGUGUGAAGGCGGGCAUGCCGGUCCCAGCCGGUCUCCAGUCCACGGUCCUGGCUCUGCCGGGCCUGGCCAUGAACGCUGCGGUGGCCAGCAUGACGGCAGCCUCGGUGACGGCCGCCCUGUCCAACAUGGGCACCCUGUCCUCCCUGCUGCCCUCCAUGACCCACAGAGCUCCGCCCCCCCUGCAGAGCUGCAGCGCCGCCCUGGAGGAGCUGAAGAGGAAGGUGGCCAAGCAGGCCAACAGCAUCAGCAUCAAGGAGUUCACUGACAAAUGUCAGAUGAUCGUGGACAGCAGCGGGGAGCUGCCCGUGGCUCUUCCUCACGUCUCUGAUGAAGAGGAUGACGUGUCGGUGUUUGGAGGAGGAGUGGCGGCGGUUCGGGAGCAGAAGGUCAUCAGCUUCAACAUCACGAACUCCACGGUCCGUCCCUCGGCUCGCUGCGAUGCAGAAAUGGCCAAAGAGUUUCCCGUGUCCUCGGGGUCCCAGCAUAGGAAAAAGGAGGGGGACGGGAUGGGCGCCUACGGGGAGUGGGUUCCUGUGGAGAAACCUGCAGGGAAAGCUGCCAAUGGUUCCAGGAAGUCCAGCGGUCCCAGCGUGGCCACAUCUUCAUCUUCAUCAUCRUCUUCUACAGCAGCAGCAGCUGAAGCAGCCGUUAGCACAGCGCUACCUGACGUUAGCGAGCAGCCGACACCCGACAGGGACAGUGUGUUUCCUGAACCACGACUACAGCCCGUGGACAUUUCUCAGGCGGUGACUGAGAGGAUCAAAGCUCAGAGACGAUUGGCUGAGAAUCCUAACGACGUCAGCGCCAUGUGCAUGCUGAGCCGGGCUCAGGAGCAGGUGGAUGCCUGGGCCCAGUCCAGUAGUGUGCCUGGUCUGUUUACUGGUUCUACUGGAGCUCAGGUGCUGACCUCUGAGGAGCUGUCCAACAGUGGRCCUCAGGCCUGGCUCAAGAAGGACCAGUUCCUCAAGGCGGCUCCGGUCUCAGGGGGUGUGGGAGAGUUCCUGAUGAGAAAGAUGGGCUGGAGGACCGGAGAGGGUCUUGGGAGGAACCGAGAGGGAACAGUGGAACCCAUCGUCAUCGACUUCAAGGUGGACAGAAAAGGUCUGGUUGCAGAAGGAGAGAAGCAUCAGAAACAAACAGGAGGACUGGUGGUCACCAAAGACCUGAUGGGGAAACACCCGGUUUCUGCUCUCAUUGAAUUAUGCAGCAAGAAACGGAUUACCCAGCCCGACUUUGUUAUGGUUCAUCACAGUGGGCCGGACCACCGCAAGAACUUCCUCUUCAAGGUCACAGUGAACGGUGUGGACUACCAACCUCCGACGCCCAGUCCCAACAAGAAACACGCCAAGGCCAUGGCAGCUACCGUCGCCCUGCAGGCUCUGGGAGAGGUUCCUGCUGAUAGACCCGGACUCUACACUGGCCCGGUCUUCACUGCUGCUUCGACUGGACCUUUUUUCUCCACGUGAACUCAUAAAACAGAACCAUAGGAACCAGUGCUGCUUCGACUGGACCUCUUUUCUCUACAUGAACUCAUAAAACAGAACCAUAGGAACCACUGCUGCUUCGACUGGACCUUUUUUCUCUACAUGAACUCAUAAAACAGAACCAUAGGAACCACUGCUUCUUCGACUGGACCUCUUUUCUCCAUGUGAACUCAUAAAACAGAACCAUAGAAACCACUGCUGCUUCGACUGGACCUCUUUUCUCCAUGUGAACUCAUAAAACAGAACCAUAGGAACCACUGCUGCUUCGACUGGACCUUUUUUCUCCACGUGAACUCAUAAAACAGAACCAUAGGAACCAUUGGCAGCACCAGAGUUUUCCUCUCUCAGCCGUUUUUUACCAUCCUGAUAAGACGAUUAAUAAAACAUUUCUGUACGGGAGGAUAGAUGUAUGUAAUGUAAAUAUGUAUGAUGUGUUUGUGUCGUAGUAGUUUGUGUUAUUAAUUAAUGUAAAUCUAAAAAAUGUAAUUUCCUUUGGUCAAACUGAAGCAGAGCUCAGUUUGUUGUAUUAAAAAAAAGCUGUAAAUGUCGGCGCGUUUCCUGUUUUAGUCAUAGAUUUCAGAUUAAGUGUUUCAGCUUAUAGACUUCUAAAAUAUUCAAACUGGAAUAAAGAUUAUAUUUAUGUAAAGUA